AAAAAAAGAAAAGAAGGGGAAAAUUCUCACUUUUGCAUAAACAAAACCAUAAAAGCUCUGCAAUUUUCAAUAGAAUUUAUCACUUUUUACAAUUAGAUUAGAUUGUAUACAUGGACCCGUUCUCCAAAAGUGGAGAAAAGAACCGUGAGGGACCAAAAAUCAGAGAUUAAGAAGAGGAGGAAAUCGAGGAUCAGGGGUUGGAAUUGUCGAGUUUGUGUGGAAAUGUGGAGACAACAUUUGGUUACUGGGCGUUCGAAUAAUGUAGAUGAAGUAGUAAAUGAGGUUGGUGGAAGUUGGAGCAAUGAAGAAGAAGAAAAUGAAAUAUUUAACGAUGGUGGAGGUGCUGGUGCGGUCCACAAUGAAGUUGGAAUUGAAGACUUAAAUAUUGUCACUGUAGACAGUGGUAUGGUAGAACUAGUGCUAGAUGUCCCUGAUUUGUCGGAUAAUGAAGAUGAGGAGACUAUUGAAGCUAGGAUAAUUUUGAGAAACUUCAUAGCUUCACAAGGUAAACCCAGAACUGAGAAUGAGCAAUCAGAAUCUAUCGUGGAAGUGGGAUCUUCGAGUAUUGCUAUUGGUGCAGGACAUAUUGAUGCAGUAGCAGAAAUUGAUGAUGGAGCAAUCCAAUCAGAUGAUGAUGUUAGCUAUAUUACAACAAGUGAUGAGGAUGACAGUGAAGUUGAACAUGGUAGAAAAAGAAAGGCUAUACAUCCGGUAUGCAAGGAACAUGAAGAUUGGCUUAUGAUAGGUCUUGGGAUGAUUUUUAUUAGCAAGGAACAGUUUAAAAAAGCUGUUGAUGAGUUGAGUUUUAAAGAAGGUAGACAAAUUAAAUGGGUGAAAAAUGACAAGGUCAGGUUGAGGGCAAUAUGCAAGGAAGCUAAGAAAAAAGGGUGCAGAUGGAAGACUUUGUUGGCAAAGGACAGCCCAUUAGACUCUUGGAUGGUAAAAACUUUCCAACAAGAGCAUACAUGCAAUUGGGGUGUUGUGAACAAGAGAUAUACUUCACGCCAUGCAGCUAAGCAUUUAGUUAAUUCUAGAGGAGCAACUUGUUUGUAUAUGAAUUAUGACAGCAUCUUUCAAGCUAUUUGGAAUGAGAAGAAUAUUGAGCUAACUUCGGUGCAAUGUAAGAAAACAAAGCAACAGUUGAAAAGGACUUUUGAAGGUGCUUCCAAGGCUGAAUAUGGCAUGCUAUUUGACUAUGCUAAUGAACUGAGGUCAAAAGAUCCAGAAGCAAACAUUGUUCUCCAUGCUCAUAGACCCAUAGCAGAUGUUAACCCCACUUUUAUGAGAAUGUAUGUAUGUUUUAGUGCUUUAAAGAAGGUGUUUCUUGUUGGCUGCAAGCGCAUCAUUGGUGAUGAUGGUGCCUUUCUUAAAGGUGCUCACAAAGGAGAAUUGUUGACUGCAAUUGGAAGAGAUGCAAACAACCAAAUGUUUCCGAUUGCAUGGGCAGUUGUCGAGGUUGAAAAAACAGAAACAUGGGAGAGGGCAGUUCAGAGAGAGGGCAGUUCAGAGAGAGUUGGAAUUGGUUACCAAUUUAUUACUGCAAGGCAGCUGCAAGCACAAGCAAGACAGAUGCAGCAAGCAAGGGAAAUGGUGAAGAAGAAUAAUGAAGAAGCUUCACUUGGAGGUUCGAAGAAGAAGAAGGAAUCAAGAUUUACAAAGGAUUUAGGGGUCGACGAAGAAGGAAUCAAGGGUUCCGAGAAGAAGGAAUCAAGAGUGGUUCUAGAGGAUUUAUGGGUCGAAGAAGAAGGAAUCAAGUUUGAUCUGCAAGCAUCAUCGAUUGCAGGAAGCAAGCUUUCUCGAUUUCUGGAAACUGAGCAAUUGGAAACAUGGAAGGCCUUCUACGAGAGACGGAAGCAUUAUAGCAGUGUUUUAAGAACCGGACCGGACCGGUCGGUUGAACCGUCAACCGGUGGACAAAACGGGUUGGGUGGACACCCAGGCCCGUUUAGACGGUUGGAUCGUCCAAACCCGGAAGAACCGUUCGACCCGUCCAACCCGAUAGACCCGGUGAACCGGCCGGGCGAAUUCUUCUACGUCUCCAUCGGUUCUCCACUCUCAAAUCCAGUCUCCAUUGCUUUUCCAGAUCUGAUCGUUGUUCUCCAUUACUGUUCUGGAUUCUUUAGUUUCCAACUUUCCAUCACUUUUCCAGCCAUAUUGACAAAGAAGAAACCACAGGGUAGCACCGUAGCAAAUCGGGCAACAGAUUGCUUCUCCUUCGCAUCUCUAGAUCCAACAGCAGAUCAGCUUCUCCUUCGCAUCUCCAGAUCCAACAGCAGAUCAGCUUCUCCAUCCCAUCUCCAGAUCGGGAAGCAGAGGGCAGCAGAUCAAAUCAGCCUUCAUCGAAAGACUUGUCUAAAACCACCCAUUAAAUUAGAGGUUGAUAAAAAGGAGCCAUGAAAGAUCAUAAUUGGGUUUUUGGUUUUUUUUUUUUAAAUCGCUUGAUGAUGGUUUGUGUUCUGAUGAAGUGAUGAUCAAUUGCAAUGGAAUUAAUUGUACAGGGCACU